CAUGGGCGCUUCCUCUGUCCCGUGACUCUAUUUUUUAACAGAUGCAGGCGGUUGUACAGCCCAUGCGCUCUGGACUGUGAGACCUGACACGGGAGCGCUCUUCGCCAUCCGUCAUCAUGAUGAUGAUGAUGUCCCGGGGGUUUGACGGUCACGAGAUCUGAGGCUGCGGAAGAAAACUUUCUACACGCGAGUCUUUGAACAAACGAAAGCAGCUCGACAUGAUGCUCCUAUCGGUCAGAUAGGAGUCAGGACAUCCUGUGCCCACAUUGCCAAAACGAGUAGUUUGGUUUCCGUGGUUUUGUGCAGCUUCUACUUGAAAGCGGAAGUAAAACAUAGCUUUUUUUGGAUUUUUGUUGGCGCUGUUGUUCAUACGGACAGAUCAUGGCAAACGAGCACUCGCCUCUUCUAGUUCAUGGGGUUUACAGCAUGAUGGGAAAUGCUGAAGACUCCAGGGGUGGAUCAGCAGGGACAGGAGAGGCGUCAAACUCCAAAUCAGACCCCCGCAAACUCAACACUUUCUUUGGCGUCAUGGUGCCCACCAUCCUCUCCAUGUUCAGUAUUGUGCUCUUUCUUCGCACAGGUUUUGUUGUGGGACAUGCUGGUCUUCUGCAUGGUCUCCUCAUGCUGUUAGUGGCUUACUUCAUCAUCUCAUUGACAAUCCUGUCUAUAUGUGCCAUUUCAACUAAUGGAGCUGUGGAAGGAGGUGGAGCCUAUUUCAUGAUCAGUCGUUCUCUGGGUCCAGAAUUUGGCGGGAGCAUCGGCCUGAUGUUUUACCUAGCGAAGGUGUGUGCGUGUGGUGUGUAUGUUCUCGGUCUGGUGGAGGCCAUAAUUGAUGUCUUCGGUCAGGAUCCAGGCUCUGCUGUGUCGCAGGGGGUGCGUGUGCUGCCGCAGGGCUACUGGUACACCGUGUUGUACUCCUCUGUGGUGCUGUUGCUGUGUAUGCUGGUGUGUCUGGUCGGUGCUCACAUCUACGCCAAAGCCUCUUUUCUCAUUCUGCUGGUGGUGACGGUGUCUCUGAUCUCCAUCAUCAUCAGUCCUCUGAUACUCAGUCCACAGCGCUUCAAUAUCACACACACAUACGGCAACAACCACAGUGUCACGGUCAAUCCAAGCUAUACGGGCUUUAACAGCACCACUCUGAAGAACAACCUUGGACCUCGUUACUCUUUGGACUACAGUACCAACACUAUGAUGUCUUUCGCCACUGUGUUUGCUGUGAUGUUCACCAGCUGCACAGGCAUCAUGGCAGGAGCCAACAUGUCGGGUGAGCUGAAGAACCCCAGUGAAUCAAUACCUAAAGGGACCAUCAUGGCGGUGGCAUACACCUUCACUGUCUAUGUGCUUCUCUAUCUCCUGCUGAGCUCUACCUGUGACAGGUCAUUGUUACUCAAUGAUUACGCAGUGUUUCAGAGAGUGAACGUGUGGCCUCCAUUCGUCACGAUCGGUGUUUACUGCGCUUCUCUCUCAGCUGCCAUGUGCUCCAUGAUAGGAGCCUCUCGAAUCCUUCACGCUCUUGCUCUGGACCAGCUCUUUGGUCUUCCUCUGGCUCCGGCUGCUGUCACCUCCAGCUCGGGGAACCCCUGGGUCUCUGUGCUCUACACCUGGGCUCUGGUGCAGUGUACGCUGUUUGCAGGGCAGCUGAAUGUGAUUGCUGGUAUUGUGACAGUGUUUUAUCUGUUGGCGUAUGCUGCGGUUGAUUUGGCCUGUCUUGCUCUGGAAUGGGCCUCUGCUCCAAACUUCAGGCCGACGUUCCAGUUUUUCUCCUGGCACACGUGUCUGUUGGGUAUCAUCAGCUGCCUGGUCAUGAUGUUCGUGAUUAACCCCGUGUAUUCCUCAGCAAGUAUUGUGCUGUUGCUCCUCCUGCUGCUCUUUCUGCAUUAUCGCUCUCCCACCAGCAGCUGGGGCUACAUCAGCCAAGCCCUCAUCUUCCAUCAGGUGAGGAAGUACCUUCUGAUGUUGGACUCUCGUAAGGAUCAUGUGAAGUUCUGGCGGCCGCAGGUGUUACUGAUGGUGUCGAACCCGCGCUCCUCCUGUCAGCUCAUCUGCUUUGUCAACCAGCUGAAGAAAGGGGGCCUGUUUGUCCUUGGACAUGUGCAGAUUGGAGAUCUGGAUGUGUUACCAGCAGACCCGGUGCAGCCGCAGUAUAAUUUCUGGUUGAGCCUUGUGGAUAAGCUGGGUGUGAAGGCCUUUGUGGAUCUGACUCUUUCUCCCUCGGUCAGGCAGGGCACUCAACAUCUGCUCCGCAUCACUGGACUUGGAGGAAUGAAGCCUAAUACCUUGGUGUUGGGUUUUUAUGACAACUCCUACCCAGAGGACUACUUCCUCCAGGACCCUGUCUUUUGCAAGGGCGACAGAACUGAAGGUGAUAAUUUCGGUGUGGACCUUCCAUCCCUCCAGGCUCAUUUUCCACCGGUACGCCAUGCCGAGAGCCCUCGCGCACUGCAGCCUCAGGAGUACGUCAGCAUCAUUCAGGAUGCCAUCAAAAUGGGCAAGAACAUUUGUUUAGCGCGCUACUUCUUCCAGCUGCCGCCCGAGAGCAAGGGUGCAACGUACAUGUGGGGAAAGGACAGCAUGGACACCAUCGACGUGUGGCCGACAAACCUCUUGUCUCCAGGUAGUGCCAGUUACGCUGAUGUGGGUAGUCUGUUCCUACUUCAGAUGGCGUGUGUGUUGAACAUGGCCAGCGGGUGGCGCCGUGCAAGAUUACGUAUAUUUGUGUGUGUGGAGUCUGAAUCGGAAGACCAGGGUUGGCUUGCCAAAGAGGAGCAGUUUAGAGAGUUGCUGGGAAAGCUGAGGAUUCGUGCUGCUAUUAAGAUCGUGGCGUGGGAUAAUGUCGCACGCAUGGUUAGAGGGCCAAACACAGAGAACCAAACGGUGUCAGAAGACUUCCUGUGUGCCGUGAAUGGCCUUCUGAAGGAGCACAGCUCGACUGCCGCCGUACGCUUUCUGUAUUUGCCCGAUCCUCCGUCUAGUUGUGAGCUGUCCCAACAGUACCUGACCCAGCUAGACACGCUGACCCGAGACCUGGGCCCGACGCUCUUGAUUCAUGGGGUCACACCAGUUACGUGCACUGAGCUCUGACAAACCAAAUGUGUUUGUGUGAUAGAGAGGAACAUCAUGUUAGUGAGCAGAAGUGUGUUUGAGUCCUUACGCUCUUAAAGACCACAUCAUGUAUAGGUGGAUGACUGCUUUCAAUGUGUUUUGGGAUUUAUGGGUAAAUGCUGCCGGAUCUUGUGUGCCGUUAUUUUGGUGUUGUUCUUCACACACCACCGUUUGUUGUCUUAAACAGCGGGUUUAGUGUUCUUGGAAAAGGAAGUGACUGCAUUAAAUUGGAGUUGCUGUUUAUGUUCAUUCAUGUGUCCCGCUUUAAAUAGGAUCUUGUGAUCUGUUUGUUUUGUAUGGGUAAAAUGCAGUUUGGGAAAUAACUUUGACUGGUUAGAAUGGAAAGAGUAUCCUUGAAUGAGAUGUUCAUGGUUAUAUUUGGCACCGUAAUAUGGGGCGAAGCGAGCCUCGUCACUCACUUUUUGUUAUUGUGCUUCGUUAAUCAUUUCUGCUUUUUUCUUGGCAUAAAACAGACUUUGAACUCAUUUUGUCCCAAUUAUAGUUUGUGAAGCAGUGAGGAGCCCUCACGGGUUUGGGCCAUUGUUAGUUUCUUGGCGAAAAUUCCGCUUUCCACUUUCUGAUUGGAGUAUGGAUGUAUUUACUGUCACUCGAGUAGUUCUAUAUAGACAUGUUAUUUAUAAUCGCGACAUUUUGUGAAUUUGUUUGUUUCUUUUCUUGCGCACGUUUUCCUUUAUGUUUCAGGUUGUGGGCCUCUGACCAUUGGCUGCUUUUAUGUCCUGUUUGUUUGUGUGUUUGUUGUCAUUUUUAUAGUUCAAGUGUAUUAAUAAUUGUGUUAACCAGAUAAGGGCGGAGCUAAGAGCUCAUAGAUGUCAUCUGAUUGGUCAGGACUGAUGAUGAUGAUGAUGAUGUUUGUGUUAGACAUUGAGAACUGAAAAGGGACACUUUUCUUAAAUAAUACUUGAAUAUUUUGCACCUCUGUGCAUGUGUUUUGUUGUUAGCAUUAACAAUGCAGAUAUCCAAAAAUGACAGUUGGAUCUUUAUAAUGGCUGUUCAAUAAUAGAAGUACUAUGCUAAAUUAGAAAUGUGUGCAAGUCUGUACAUUUAUCAUCGUAGGAUAUGAGUUUGUUUUAACAUUGCUUUGAGGAUGCACAAAUUGCGUUACACAAUCCAGAUUUCAUGUAUUCCAAAGAAGAUUUGAAAUCAUUUUGGCGCAUAAUAACUAUUAAAGUACUUUCAAAAUAUGUACAUAUAUACUACAUCCUACUGUGCAAUACAGGCAAAGAUAGUACACGGUCAUGAUCUCAGAAUGGAUCAACUGGUAUUUCCUGAAUGAAGAGUUUAAAAAAAAAACAGGCCUAAGAUUAAACAAAAUAUUUCAGUCA